UGGAAUUCUGAAAACUGUAAUUUGUUUUAGCGUUGGAGUUUAGCUCCAGUGCAGUUCACCAAACCUCUUCAGAACUCCCAGAACCCUUCACCACAGCAGAACCCACCAGCAACAUCGCCAGCUCACCAACAGGAUAUCCAGCAAUGCGAUCUCGUCUGAACCACAGCUAUGCUCUUCUUGCCUUCGUGGUUGUGCUUUUCAGCUUGGGCCAGGCCAGGGCAAACACUGAGUCCAUUGUUGUCAGUCUCAGCAGUGAACAGUUCAUCGUCACCAACCCCAAAGAAGUCCCCCAGUAUAGAAGCAACAGCACCUGUAUUGCCAAUUGCAACAGCAUCAAUCUGAAAGAGGUUAAGGCCUUCACCAUCACAGCCAGUGCUCACACCAACAGCGAAUACACUCCUGCUACAAAGGCCCAACAGCUCUACAACUACGAGUACUUUGCCAUUCAGGACGAGGGCCUCUCCAACAGCUCUCCAGACGACUUAUACAACAUCAGAGUGUGCUGGCCUGCGUUGUAUCCUCUUUCUCUCGACGUGAGAUACAUCAAUUUGUGCUUAUCCACCAACUGCUCCAGGUUGGUCCAGCUCAGAUACCACUCCAGGUUCUACUCCAACAACCACACUCUUAUGGCCCACGACUUGGAUGUUCCCAUCAAUUUGCAUUUAGUUCCUACGUUUUCCUACAAGAAAGAUGAAACACGCCACUAUAAUCUCCCAAUUCCAAUUGAUUUAUUAAGUGAGCUUCGACUAGUCGCAACCAUAUUUAUUGUCUGCCUUUUCUCAAGCAGGCUCGUCUACUCCUUUAUCAAGUACUGACCGUCAACCUCAUGAGUAAUACAACUCCAAGUUGGUUCCAUCGUGGAUCUCAUAGUCCUCCAAAGUGAUAAAGUCCUUGAAUGUUUGGUAUCCCUUCUUCAACACUAUCUUCUCAGGCAAUGUUCCUAUUUGUGCUGCCAAUAGCUUUUUGAAGUCUCCCACAGUGUCCUCUGGCAAGCACUUGACGACCACUUUUUUUCCUACUCUGUCAUUGCAAACCACUUCCAUUACUGAUGCUG